AUGACAGCUCACUGCCGGCCAUCCCUCUUACUAACCCCCUUUACAAAGGGGGAGAUCCCCUCCCCCCCACUGCUGCACCCGCAGCAGGGGGAGGUAGGAGAAGGGGGGCGGGGGGCUGGUGCUGCAGAUCCCCUCCCCCCCACUGCUGCACCCGCAGCAGGGGGAGGUAGGAGAAGGGAGGGCGAGGGGGGGGGCGGGAGGGGGCUGGUGCUGCAGAUCCCCUCCCCCCCACUGCUGCACCUGCAGCAUUGGGAGGUAGGAGAACGGGGGGGGAGGGGGCGGGGGGCUGGUGCUACAGAUCCCCUCCCCCCCCCUUGCUGCACCCGCAGCAGGGGGAGGUAG